GAUCAGAGCGGCCUGGGGGGUGAUUGGAGGCGGGAGAAUUGCCGUGCUUAACAGCCUUGGUGCCCAGUGCCAGCGUGGGCACUGCCGAUACUCCGUAAGCUCCUGCAGGAACCAGGACUGAGCCCUUAGCCAUAGUUUAUUUUGCGUGGGAGAGUGGGGAAGGGGUGUGUGUGUGCGAGAGGGAUUGGAUUUGAAUGGCAUUCCCGUACUCUAAACGGGCCUUGCGAUAGUUGUGUUCAUCAGUCAUUGUGACAACACAAGGAAACAUUUUGCAAGCUGCCUGCACUUAGAGGUGCAGUUUCAGAAGCACGUAGACAAAGCUGCUCGAGUCCUUUUGGGUACGCUGAACUCCAAAGCUUCCGAUUUGUCUGUGCACUUUGCUAUUUGAGCACACAGAUCUGGGGUUGUGGCUACGAUAGCGGGUGUGCAAAAGCAUGAAUGUGUUUCUAAAAGUCUAGUUUCUAAUGUGGACGCUGCUUGAAUCACUGCUUUGGCUGCAGGGUCUUGUUCUGUUGCUCAGGGUCAAACUGCUGGCUCAAUUUGAGUCCAAGAAGAAAUUUGUCUCCUAGGUCAGAAUGGCUAGGACUGGGGGUCUUUGCCCUUCUCCAUAGCAUGGGGCAGAGUACUAUUCCUAGGAUCCUUGCAGCGUAUAUUAACUCAUUUCGUCUCUGGCAUUGAGGUGGCAGGACGUGGCUUAGCUGUGGUUCAUAUUCAUUAGUCUGACUCUUCUGUAGCCAAGCAUAAAGCGAGUUUGGGUCACAAUAAUGUCCUUGGAAACAAGUGUCCAAAUCACAACACUGGUGCUACUGGCACUAAUGAACAGAUUGGUCUAAAAGGUCAAAGAUGAAAUAGGCCGUGGAGAACAAAUGUUGUUGUUGCACCUAAAAGUGAUCACCCCCGGGCAGGGGUGGGGCAGGAUAGGGACACGCUUGCACCGCCGCUUUGGGUGCAGUUGCUGUUACCUGAUUAAAAUGGAUAUCAGACACCAGGGUUGUCUGUCCAGUGUUUUUCCUCAGCACUACGUUUGCUCUGAUCCAGAUGAGGAGCUCUGUGUUAUCAAACCAUCUUUCAGUGCUUUUCAGAGGCAGGGAAAAUAAUGUGCAUUUUGUAGAUGGGGGUGAGGGGAAAGGAAACCUAGAUUCACUUGCCUAAGGGUGCACAGGGGACCAGCGCCUGAGCUGGGGAUUCAGGACUUUGGACCCCUGAUCCACUGAUCGAGUUGAACUGUGGCAAGUGAAGUGUGGGUGGGUGGCAAUACACCACUCUUCCUCUCUCCACCCCUUCCAUCAGCCUCCAAGGCCAGGAUAGAUCAUGGGCAUGAAAUGCAACUCUCCGGGUGAGAGCUGGAGUAGCUGUGUUUUCAGUUGAUUGAUUAUAGAGCUCUGUGUCUCCAUUCUGAUGAUAUUGUGACUUCUGGCUGGGAGCUGAUGCUGAGAGACCAGGUUGGACUAGAUCAGCCUUGUAACCCCACUAACAUCCCCUGACCUUCUUAAAACACACACUGAAAUCUGCCUCCCCAGCUGUUGUCCCAUAAAACAAGAUGCAGGCUGGCCCCUCUGUGUGAUUAUUAGUGUCCGAGUCAGAGGAGCGUUUCCAGUCUUUGGCUGCUGGGUGUAAAUUGCUCUUCCGGCCCAAACUCAUCUCUUCAUCAAGACCUCUCUGGUUCUGACUCCACCUGCCAGCCACCCCCUUAUCCUUUCUGGGUGCUGCAGAUUCCUGGCUAAUACAUGAGGCCGUCUUGCAUGUUCGUGCUGCUUGAUGUUACAAGCCCAUUCACACUUGCUGUAUGUACUGCCAGUGAUCUGUGCCUGCUUGGGACUGAGCUGUCUGCGCUAAGCAGAGAGAAGUCCUCCUCUGUCCAGAGCAGGAAAGGACAGCUGGAACGUCUGUGUAUGAAGGGGCUAAAAGUGCCCUUGUCGAAAGGGUUGUGUUUGCCCUUGAGAGCCUGUGUGUGCAGUCUCUGAAGCGAAUGGGUGUGGAAAUGUGUCCAAAGGCAUAAUUGACUUGGGUCUGUAUAGCAGCCCUUGCACAAUAAGUACUCGGGGCCUCCCAUUCAUUGCCCUACUCGCUCCCUUUAGCAAGGGAGAAGGGUAAUGAUACACUCCACAAACAGGGACUGGGAGAGGCAGGUUUUGUUCCCAGAUCUGCCACUGACUUCCUCAUGCUGGGCAAGUUCCUUCAUCUCUGCACCUCAGUUUCUCCAUCUGUAAAAUGGGGGUGCAUUUUUGUGAUCUGCACCAGAUAUUGCAGGGUGCAUCCACCGUGUGUCAGCCUGGCUUCUGGACAUGGGUUCCAGCCUGCACAAGAUACAGGAUUGACUGGGGCCACAAGAAGCCAGAAUCAAGAUGACGACAGCUGCACCAGCAGUCAGUGUUGAUCCCCAGUUUCCAGGAAAUGUGACCACAAAGUCUCGAGACCAAGUUCUUUAUCAGAGUUCUGGAGCAAUAGUAGCUGCCAUCGUAGUUGGAGUGAUUAUUAUUUUUACAGUGGUUCUGCUCCUGUUGAAAACGUAUAACAGGCGCAUGAGAGUAAAACGGGAGCUGGAACCCAAGAGCUCCAAAGCCACAACCCCACCUCCUUUAGGACCAAAUAGCAACAGCAUAAAGCAGCCCACAACAGUAACUUUUAUACCAGUGGAUAUCCACAUGCAAAACAGAUGACUGGAUGUUUUAUCUUGCCUACAAAAGACUGCUUUCCUGGAAGAAUGAAAACUAAGAUAGACCCUUUAUUCACGCAGGCUUGUGACUCGAGUGGAGGAGGAUUGGCAUUGGAAUAAUCAUUGUUCAAGAUUUUUGCCUAUGAAGCCAAAACCAAACAGGAAGGAACUAGCCAUGUUGCCUUUCUUUCCAAGGAAAAAUAAAAGGCCUGAGUACCAUUUUUAUGUGGCUGAUCUAACACUGUGGUGGACACAAGCUACCAGGAAAAGACUUAACAUCUCCAAUUGUAUAGAAAACAAUUAAGUGCCAAAAAUAUCUUUAUACAUUUCCUGUAGCCUCGAUUACUUUGAGGAGUUUGGGCCACUGCUUCUCCUGUAGUGAUUGGCAGUGGGGAAGCAGAAAGAUCUGCAGGUGAAGAUGUUAUGGUUGUACUUUAUGCUUGGAUGCAUUAAGACUUGCUUGUGAAUUUGCUUGUAUGUUAUUUUGUGUAUUAAGCAUGAGGGGUAGUAAUGUGAAGUAACAGUUGCAUACAAACUCGGUUUGUCUCUCCUAUUUCUAAUCAAACACAGAGGGAUUCAGAUAAGAGGGUGCACAUGUGAUAUUUUCUGUAAAGAAAAGAAAACUCUUAUGAUCAUUCUAUCAGUAUCCACCUGAACCCCCCUUUUUGUGGGGGUUUUAAGGUAGC